UCCGGGCUAGCUUGGGUCCAUUCAGCUAGCAAACAUGGCGAGCGGAGGAGUCUCCGUGGCUUCGCUGUGGACCGAGGUGAACCGCUGCGGGCAGAACGGGGACUACACGCGGGCUCUGAAGGCUCUCGGUAAAACUGUACAGGCUGGAGCGCUACGAGGAGUGCCGGUCCGUCUACACCGACCUGAUCAGGAACUCUCAGGACGAGUAUGAGGAGGAGAGGAAGACCAACCUGGCUGCUGUGGUGGCGGCCAUGAGUCAGUGGGAGAAGGCGCAGACGGAGGACCUCGGUCUUCCCGAGUCGACGUACGAGCUGUGCUACAACACCUCCUGCGCUCUGAUUGGCCAGGGGCAGCUGACGGAAGCUUUCAACAAACUACGGCAAGCUGAAGAGCUGUGCAGAGUCUCACUGGCAGAGGAUUCUGACAUGACUGAGGAGGACAUCGAGUCGGAGCUGGCGGUCAUUCACUCUCAGAUGGCGUACAUCCUGCAGCUUCAGGGUCAAACAGACGAAGCUCUGCAGCUCUACAACCAGGUUAUCAAGCUCAAGCCGUCCGACGUGGGGCUGCUCGCCGUGACGGCCAACAACAUCAUCACCAUCAACAAAGACCAAAACGUCUUCGACUCGAAGAAGAAGGUGAAGCUGACGAACGCAGAGGGCGUCGAGCACAAACUGGCCAAGAAGCAGCUGCAGGUCAUCGAGUUCAACAAGGCUCUGCUGGCCAUGUUCACCAACCAGGCCGACCAGUGCAGGAAGCUCUCCUCCAGCCUGCAGUCCCAGAACCCGGGUCACCCAUGGCCAGUCCUGAUCCAGGCAGCCCAGCUGUGCAGGGAGAAGCAGCACAGCAGGGCGAUUGAGCUGCUCCAGCAAUUCUCUGAUCAGAACCCAGAGAGUGCCUCUGGCAUCAAGCUAACAAUGGCGCAGCUGUAUUUGAUACAAGGUCACGUCACCAAAGCGUGUGAUGUCCUGAGGUCUAUUGAAGAGUUUAAGCACAAAGCAGGAAUGAUUUCAGCUCUGGUGACGAUGUACUCUCACGAGGAAGAUAUCGACGGAGCCAUCGAGGUUUUCAAACAAGCUAUUGAGCAUUAUCAGUCUGAACAGCCCGGCUCUGCUGCUCACCUGGCUCUGGUGCGAGAAGCUGCAAACUUCAAGCUGAAGCACGGACGGAAAAAAGAAGCCAUCAGUGACCUGGAGCAGCUGUGGAGACAGAACACCAAGGACGUUCACACUUUGGCACAACUCAUCUCAGCUUAUUCUCUGGUGGACACAGAAAAAGCCAAAUCCCUCAGUAAACACCUGCCAUCUGCGGACGCCAUGUCCUUCAAGGUGGACGUGGACGAGCUGGAGAACUCGCACGGCGCCACCAACGUCAGGAAAAAGGCGGGAAAAGUUGUUGGAGAGAGUCUCCCCAAAGAGCCGGGUCAAACAGAAGUCAAAAAGAAGAGGAAGAAAAAGAAAGGAAAACUGCCCAAGAACUARGACCCCAAACAGACCCCUGACCCCGAGCGGUGGCUGCCCAUGAGGGAGCGCUCKUACUACAGAGGCAAGAAGAAGGGCAAGAAGAAGGAGCAGAUCGGGAAGGGAACGCAGGGAGCGACAGCAGGAGCUUCAGCUGACCUAGACGCCAGUAAGACCGCCAGCAGCCCCCCCACCUCCCCGAGACCAGGAUCAGCGUCCGGAUCGUCUGCGGCGCCCGGCGGCGGCAGCGGCGGAGCCGUCCCUCCACGACAACAGAAACCCUCAGCUUCAGGAGCCGGCCGCAAGAAAGCACCACAGAAGAAGAAAAAAGGAGGGAAAGGAGGCUGGUAGCAGUGAGAGGUGACUUCUGAGUCAAGUUUUUUUUUUCUCUGUUCAGGUUUUUAUUCACUUUUCUUUAACUAUAAAUCCUUUUUUAAGUAUAAAAUGAAAUUCGAGGUAAACAUAUUUAAAAGAUGGUUCCACUGCUUUUAUUUUGAAAUUAUUUUUUGUUCUUAAAACCAGAGAACUUCAUAAAUAAUCAUUAUUCAUUUUAUGUAAAAGUGUAUUUUUAUGGUAAAGCUUCUGUAAAAACCCAAAAGGAACAAAAAUGUCUUUAAAUGAAUAAAAUUUAAAGUUAAAUAUUUAUAAUCAUGUCAGAUAAUUUUGUGGAUCUUUCUUCUGAAAUCAGGAUCAGAAAUAAAUCUGUUCUUUAAAAGUCCCAAUUAUAGAAGAUGACUUUAAGAUAUCACUUUAUUUGUCUUCAGCAGUAAAGAUAUUUUUGUUGUCAGUGUUUCUUUUUUCUGUAAAUAAAACUCUGAACAGCG